GAACGCGUUUAAUUGUACGACGAUGUCAAUUAUUUCGAUUAGAGACGUUCAAGUUGGUAACCCAAUCGCCCGCUGGUCAGACCCAUUCAAGUUUACCGUUACCUUCGAGUGCAUUUCCCAUCUGCCAGAGGACCUCGAAUGGAAGCUGAUCUACGUCGGUUCUUCAUCCUCAGUCAACUUUGAUCAGGAGUUGGACAGCUGCUUAGUUGGUCCCGUCCCAGUUGGCGUCAACUCCUUCACUUUCGAAGCUGAUCCACCUAGCGUUGAUAAAAUACCAAAAGAGGAGAUCUUAGGCGUUACCGUUUUAUUAUUAACCGCUAGCUACCGCGAUCAAGAGUUCGUACGCGUCGGUUAUUACGUUCACAAUGAAUAUGAUUCAGACGAACUGAGAGAGAACCCACCUGAGAAUAUAGCUUUCGAUAAACUUAACAGAAGUAUUUUGGUUGAGAAGCCACGUGUUACACGUGUAGCCAUCGACUGGGGUACAGAAACCAAGGGAGCUGUCGCUAAUGGUUCACAAUUACCGCCAGUACCUGCACCUGCUACAUUUGAAGAACUAAACGAUGUCGCACUUCAAGAAAAAGAAGAGAAGAAGACUGAAGAGAAGACAUCACCAAAGAAGGAAGUAAACGACGGUAAAGAGAACAAAAGCGCUGAAAUCCAAGCUUAAUUUUGUUGUGUAUAUACCAAAAUAAAUUAUUCUCUUUUUAUAAUCUACGACCAUCAUCU